AAAACAACAAGUACUUUAUUUUUCGAAGAAGAAGCUGUACAAAAGCAUGGCUUCUAAACCGGGCAUUAUCACUGAUUGGCCAUGGACAUUUCUUGGAAAUUUCAAGUACUUGGUUUUGGCACCAUUUGUGGGUCACAGCAUAUACACAAACUUUAUGAGCAAAGAUGAAAGACACGGGGACAUUGUAUACAUAAUCAUACUCCCACUUCUACUCUCGAUAGUGAUUCACAACCAGAUAUGGAUAUCUCUAUCCCGCUACAGAACUGCUAAGGAUAAUAAUCGAAUUGUUGAUAAAAGCAUCGAAUUUGAUCAAGUUGAUAGAGAAAGCAACUGGGAUGAUCAGAUCCUAUUUAAUAGACUGAUAUACUAUAUUGGAUACCUGUUACUGGAACAAGCUCAUCACUUGCCUUUGUGGAGGACUGAUGGCAUCGUUAUGAUUGCCUUGCUUCAUAUUGGUUUUGUCGAGUUUCUCUAUUAUUGGCUUCAUAGAGCUUUGCACCACCAUUUUUUCUACUCUCGUUAUCAUUCGCAUCACCAUUCCUCCAUUGUUACUGAGCCCAUCACUUCUGUAAUUCAUCCGUUUGCUGAGCACAUAUCAUAUUUCGUGCUCUUUGCUAUACCGUUGCUCACCGUUACACUCACUGAAACUGCUUCUAUAACUGCAUUUGGGGCGUACAUCACCUGCAUUGAUUUCAUGAACAACAUGGGGCAUUGCAACUUUGAGCUCAUCCCUAAGUGGAUAUUUUCUAUGCCCNAAUUUACUGCAUUAUAUGUACACAAUCAUGUUACAUAUAAG